AUGAGACUUGGAGAUAAUUCUGUUGAUCCAUUUACUGUUAGUAAAACACCAACUCUUCUUGAAAAUAAAGAAGGAUCAACAACAAAUUUAAAUUCACAAUCACUUUCUACACCUUAUUUAACUCCAUCACAAUCACCAUGUCCUAUGUCUCCUGUUAAUUCAAAUAAUGCUAUUUCAGUACAAACACCUCCUAAACAAAUUAUUAAAGGAGUAUCACAAGGUAUAUCAUUAAUGUGGUCAUUAUUUGAUAAAGAAAUGAAACAUCAAUUUCUUGGAGUAGUUGCAAAUGAUCAAAAAUGUAAAGCAUUCAAUAGAUAUCUUUUUAAUUUGAUUGAUACGAAAAAAUGUGGAAAAAUAGAUAUUGAAGAUCUUGAGUUUAUGUUAGAUGUAUUAAAUGAUGAUGGAAUAACAAUUGAAAAUAUUUUAUAUGAACUUCCAGAAUCUAAACCACAAACAAUUUUUGAAGAAGCUGAAUUAUUGUUUCAAACAUAUAAUUACAAAGGAAAUGAUUAUCUUGGAAUAGCAGAAUUUUCAUUAUUAGCAAAUUUAAUUACAAAGAAUUAUAAAAUGAAAGCUGAAGGAAAUGAUAUUAGACUUGUAGGAAGAUAUGAAUUACAAAGAAAAUUAGGAGAAGGAAGUGAAGGAUGUGUUAGAUUAGGAGUUAAUAGAAGAACAGGAGAAAAGAAAGCAAUUAAAAUAUUUUAUAAGUCAAGAGGAAUUAAUUUAGAACAUCUUGAAAAUGAAAUUGCAUCAUUAAGAAAAUUAAAUCAUCCUAAUAUUGUUAAAUUAGAAGAAGUUAUUGAAAAUGAUGAACAAUUGUAUUUUGUAAUGGAAUUAUGUCUUGGUGGUUCUUUAGCUGAACAUGUAGCUAUUUCACCAUUUAGUAUUCCAGUAGCAAGAAAUUUCUUUAAACAAUUAUUAAGUGGAGUAAAAUAUUGUCAUGAUAAUGGUGUUAUUCAUCGAGACUUAAAAUUAGAAAAUUUGAUAUUAGACAGAGAUGGAAUUAAUUUGAAAAUAUGUGAUUUUGGACAUAGUGUAGUUGUUGUUUCUGAUUGGGAUUUUGUAGAAUCAGCUGUAGUUGGAACAUUAUAUCAUAUUGCACCAGAACAAUUACAAGAUCAUUGUUAUAGGGGAAAAAAAGCUGAUAUAUGGAGUAUUGGAGUUAUAUUAGUAAGAAUGUUAACAGGAAAAUAUCCAUUUUAUUCAAAAGACCCAGAAGAAACAAUUAAUUUAAUAAAGAAUGCAGUUUAUUCAUUACCAGACAAUCUACCACCAGAUAUUCAAGAACUUAUUUCACAUAUUUUUGUUAUUGAUCCAGAACAACGAUAUUCUAUUGAACAAGUAAUUGAUUCAUCAUUUGCUAAAAGUGAUAUUGUUAUGUCAUUGUCAUUUGUUAAAAGAAGAAUUACAAUUGAUCCAGUUGUUGUAACAAUUGAUAAUGCAUGGAAUUUAAUGCAUUCUAUUCUUGAAAGCAAUCAUGUUAUGUGUAAACGAAAUACACAUACAUGUUAUUCAAUGUAUUGUUAUCAAAUUCAAACACAAAUGAAAUUUAUAGUAAGUUAUAGAGUAGGACAAACACCAGGAUCAAAUGCAUAUUUUGAAUUUUUAAUGACUGAUGGAGGAGGAAUUGAUUUUAGAAAUUUAAUGGAUAAUAUUAAAAAGAGUUUCUUAGAACAAGUUGAUCCAUUACAUAUUGAAGUUGUAGAAAAGAAAUUAGAUUCAUUAUUAUUAGAAAGUAGUCAACCAUUAUUAUCUAGUUUUAGAAGAGCAUAUGAAGAAAGUGUUAUUAAAAGUAGAGUUGGAGUGUUGUUAUGUGGAAAAAGUGGAUGUGGAAAAACAUCAUUAGCACAAAGAUUUUUUAGUAAUAAAUUACAAGUUGGAGAAGUUAGUCCAACUAAAUAUUAUACAAAAUAUAUUCAUACAAAUAAACCCAUUGUAUUAUAUGAUGCUAAAGGAAUUGAACUAAGUACUGAAAAUGGUUUUUGGGAAGAAACAAGAGGAUUUCUUGAUGCUCACAAAGGAAUUGAUCGUAUUCAUUGUGUAUGGUAUGUUAUUGAUGCAACAACAUCAAGAUUUGAUGUUACAGAUGAAGAGAUUUGUAGAACAUUAUUUGACAUUCCACUCAUUAUUAUUAUUAAUAAAGCAGACUUAGUUAGUGAUGAAACACUAACAAAAAUGAAAAAUAAGAUUGAGUCAUUUAAAUUUGAGAAGUGUGUUGGAGUUGUUGCUACCGUUUCUUUGGCUGAAGAACAAACAAAACGAAUUAGUAUUACUAAAUGUAGUAAAUGUCAUAGUAAUGACAUUUACAUCUUUAUCAAAGAAUGUGUUGUAUUUUGUAAUAAUUGUGGAUAUGAACAAUCAAUAGUAACACGGCCGAAUGUAGACGAAUAUGAUAAAGUUAUUGAACUAACAAUUAAACUCUUACCUGAAGCAAUGAAAUCAGGUUUUGUUUCAGGACAAUCAUUAUCAAUAACACAUAAAAUUGAAUUGAGUAAACGAAUGAUUAGAGAGUAUCAUUCACAAUUAGGAAAUGAUAAUGACCUUGAACUAAAACGGGUCAUGAGUUUAUUAACAAAAUUAAACAAAUUAUGGGAUCUUGAAGAUUACCACUCUGUGAAAAUAGCAACUAAAGUUAUUCAAGACUUUUUAUUAAAAGGAGUUGUUGGAACUUCAGUUGCAAAUUUCUUUGGAGACACACCAAUUUUCCAACCAGAUCAAUUUACAGCAAUAUGUAUUGUUUGGGUACAAUGUUUAGUUGACUUACACUUCUUAAUGAUACAAGAGAUACUCAACGUAGAAAAGGUAGAAAAUGUGGAUGCUGUUAUGCAAAAAAUAAUGGAACAAGCAUUUUGUAAAUUACAACAAAACUACGUCAAAGGGAUUGAAACUGAUUUAGUUAAAAAUGGAUUAGAAGCAGUUUUGGCGAAGUUUUAA